CAGGUAUCAAGCUAAGAUGGCGGCCUGUACGACAGCGAACCGGCGCGGGGAGCUUCUUUUUGCUGCUCAAAAUGAUUUGAUGUCAAAUUGGCAAAACCAAGAAGUCAGCACAGGGACCACCAUCAUGGCGGUGGAGUUUGAUGGCGGUGUGGUGAUCGGCGCUGACUCUCGUACGACCACUGGAGCCUACAUUGCGAACAGGGUGACCGAUAAACUCACCCCGAUUCACGACCGCAUCUUCUGCUGCCGCUCGGGAUCUGCAGCCGACACCCAGGCCAUUGCUGAUGCAGUCACCUACCAGCUUAACUUUCACAGUAUCGAGCUGGACGAGCCCCCACUGGUGCAGACGGCUGCUAAUCUGUUCAAGCACAUGUGCUACAGGUACAGAGAGGAGCUGAUGGCCGGGAUCAUCGUAGCAGGUUGGGACAAACGGAAAGGAGGACAGGUCUACACCGUGCCCAUGGGGGGGAUGUUGGUGAGGCAGCCCGUCUCUGUAGGCGGAUCCGGCAGCUCAUACAUCUACGGCUUUGUCGACUCCAACUACAGGAGCGGGAUGACCAAAGAGGAGUGUUUACGCUUCACCGCCGAGGCUUUGGCUCUUGCUAUGGAAAGGGACGGGUCCUCCGGGGGUGUGGUCAGACUGGCAGCCAUUACAGAGGCUGGGCUUGAGCGCAGGGUCAUUCUGGGGAAUGAGCUGCCCAAAUUUUCUGCCGCCUAAAAUCGUUGUGGUUUAUAUUAUUAACAGUUAUAACACAUGUACCUCUUUAUUUUUCAGUAUUUGUACACAACAUCCUCACACUAAUGUACGUGACUGAACACUGCAACACUUUUGUGUUGUUAUUGAAAUAAAAGACAGGAGCUGGACGACA